AUGCUGACGUCUGAUGGCAGUGUUGGUAGACAUGGAGGACUGGAGGAGGGCAUGGUAAAUGAGAUCCUACAGGGCCCGAUGAGAGAGAUUUUUCACAGCACUCAGCUCAUCAUUGACGUGUCCUGGGCAGUGGGCCGCUGGACGUUUGGCUCAGCCUACAGGGAACAGAUUGUGGACCAGUUGAAGAGGGCAGCAGAGCAUUGUGACUGGCAGCAAUGCUUUCUCAUUCACUCAAUGGUUGGAGGUGAUGGCCAGGGACUGGGCACCUGUGUGUUAAAACUUGACGUCAACACCUCCUCCUACAGCAGUGUCUUGGCCAUGCAGUAGCUCACCAGGCAUGCCGACUGUGUUCUCCUGGUGGAGAAUCAGUCAUUGGUAGACAUAGUGAACAARAUAAAGCACAUGCCCCACAGUGGAAUAGGUUCCACUGCCAUCGUCUCAGGCCAGGGAGGGGUCAGUGGAGCGGAGAAUGCCAUGAACAAUGUCGUAGCCAACCUGCUGCUCAAUAUCACCAGUUCAGCUCGUUUUGAAGGAUCACUCAACAUGGACCUGAAUGACAUGGACCUAGUUCCCUUCCCUCGACUGCACUACCUGGUGCCCAGUGUUACCCCUCUAUACACCCUGGCUGUUGUUAACAUCCCCACUAGGAGAUCUGCUCUCUUGCUGGACCAGAUGUUCACUGAUGCCUCCAGUAAAGACCACUACCUGGCCUGUGCCCUCAGACUGAGGCCCACACUGCCCUUUGUGUCGUGGAACCAGGAGGGAUGGAAGACAGGGAUGUGUUCUAUGCCCCCUGUGGAUCACUCCUUACUGGCCCUGUCCAACAACACCUGCAUCAAGCCCACCUUCAUAGAGCUCUGAGACCGCAUCACCAAGCUCUACACGAAGAAGGCUCACUUGCAUCACUACCUGCUUGUGGCCGGGAUGCAGCAGGGCUGCUUCAAUAAGGCCAUCUCCUCCCUCUCCUCCCUGAUAGAGGACUACAGUCAGCUGGAUGCCACCAAGGACAGACUAAUAGGCAGUAAGGCCAGGUCUGUGUUGGAGUCUGUAGGCAUUAAUAUGGAUGAGGCUCUAGGGUUGAUAUAG